AUGGAUAGAUACGUGCUUGUGGUUGCUUUAGACCUGGAACCAAAAGGGGAUAACGCUAAAGACUUCGAAGCCUGUUCUCUGAACGGCAGUCCGACUCCACCAAAAUGGUACUUUGCUAUUCAGGCGUGUUGUGGAACAUCACAGUUCUGCAGUUCCGAGUGGGAGGAGCUUGGCUCUCAGAAGACUGACAGUGAGGAGGCGGGACUUUCAACUAUGGAGAGUUGUAAUGCUGCACUCCAUGAGCAAGAAGGACAGGACGAAACUCAGAUGAGAGCUGAACUCUUUGAGGAGGCUGCAGUCGGACUUGACCUGCUGGCAGAUAAACUCCCUCCUCCAGGGAGGAGUUUACUAGACGUGGUGGUUGUGUGUCCGAAUAAGGAGGUUCCAGGACUAAAGGAGUUCCUGCCUGUCGUUGGUUCCCUCAAGCAUAUGCAGGCCUGGUUCUCUGCUAAAACCACUAUAAUCUCUCCACACUUUACCAGGUGGCAGAAAACGGCCUCGUUUCUCUCAGCCUGUGUCACUGAUCCUGAUCCUGGUCAGAUUGCUGUGUGUAUUGAUGAGAGAGAGGCUUGGCGUGGAAGACUCCUGGUCAGAGAGAAGAAGUUUGUCUCUGAGCUGAAGUUUGACGGUUUCUGUCUGAGGACUCACAGGACGGACCAGGGGAACCGCCUCUUCUCCUCUGUCACAUCCACCGACCAGCACUGCCACUCUGAGGUGUUCCACUAUUACCAGCCUGUGCUGGAGCUGCUGCAGUUGGUGAAGGUGUCAGACAUGCCUUUGUUUCUCCACUCAGACACAGAGUUUGAGCUUUCCCUCUCCUCCACGUCUGUCAGAGGACAAUUACUGCUGGAUCAGCUCCAAACACUGCGUGGAAAGGUGGGGGCUGUGUUUUCUCUGUCCUGCGUUGUCAGCGCUGUGUCUUUCCCCCCUGCGUCUCAGCUCAGCACAGCCAAAUGGAGGGAGAUCAUGGCCAAAAGGCCCAGUGUUUUGCCAGCCCCUGAUGUGGAGGUGAAAGGGGAGAGAGGUCACUACCUCCUCUUGGUCCAGGGGGCGGAGUCAGGAGGUGCCUGCACAGCACGGCUGAUGCACACGGCCAAUCAGAUCAAUGGAGCUGUUGCUGUGGCAACCGUCAGCGACCUCAUGAAAGAGAGAGUGCUGGCCUCCACAGGUACAAAACGCCUCGAUGCUACUGCGGCCUGGCUCCGCUCUCUGCCGUGUCUCCGUGGAGACCAGCUCUUGGUGAGGGAGAGGAGGCUGGCGGAAGUGCAGUCCCUGGUCCUUAAGGAGUAUCGCAGACGACGACAGGAGGCCAAGAAGCCUGCAGCGGUACCUGUGAAUGACCUGAAGGUUUUACUGAGCCUGGCCAGAGAACAGUACCUGACAAUGCACGAGGCCAGACUGCCUCGAACCUCAGAGUGUCUCCCAGUGGAGAAAGAGAACCAGACAGCCGAAGACAAGGCUGAGGUCAGGCAGACUGUGCAGCCGGAGUGGCCGGAUAGGAGUGUGCUACAGAACUAUGAGAACCUGCAGAAGAGCCGACAGAAGUCCAGGUCCGGUCUGUUCAGCACAGGCUCCUCAGAGAGUCUGAUGGGCCCUAAAGACAGACAGCGCACAUCCUGCUCCCUGCUGGACGCCAGAGAACUACUGAAACACUUCACACCUGACGGACUCCCUGCCGUAGAGCUCCAGCCUCUGCCUGUACACAGAGGGGACCAUACAUUUCGGCUGUCUCCUGAUCUCACGCCAAGAAAAGUGACCAAACUUCCGUUCAGAAAGGCAACCAGCUCCCACUACCAUGGAAUAGAGUUCUGCCUGGAUGAGCAGAAAGCUCUGGAGAGAGACUAUGGGUUUGUGCGCCUGCAGUCUCGUCUGAUCCGGUAUGAGACCCAGACCACGUGUUCUAAGGAGCCGUGCCCGGUUCCGUUCGCCCUGAGUCCCGCGCCGUCUCCCGCCGUCCUGUCCGAACCCGGGAGUGUUCCUGACGGAGAGACACUGCAGGCGGAGCCCUCACGCCUCAAACGCCGGUCACAUGACCCAGACGUACACCUACCAAACAAGAGGUUGGUGAGAUCGGAGAGUGAUUUGGGGGUGUCUCAGGGCGCGGGGGGGGUCGGUUCUCACCCUGCAGUUUCUGCAGUGAAGCAGCAGAUGGCUUGGUCUCAGUCCACGUCGGGUUCUGUCUCUAAACGGCCCAAAACUGGAUCAGAACCACACAACCACGCUUCAGCCCGCAACCAGAAACCCAGCCAGGCCCAGACUGAGUCCCGCUCACAGAAGCACAACAGGAUGCUGAGAGAGGUGGUGGAGAGGGUACUGAAGCAUCAUGGGAUUGCGAGUGAACAUGCCUGUUUUAAGGCCUGCUGUGAGCGACUGUUUGAGAUCUCAAAGUUUUAUCUCAAGGAUCUGAAAACCUCACGGGGACUGCAUGACGAGAUGAAGAAAGCAGCCAGCAGUAACGCCAAACAAGUCAUUGCCUGGGUGCUGGAGAGGGCAUCAGAGAAGGAGUGA